UGACGCUUCGCUCGCUUUGCAGUGUGGAAGCUGAACCCUGGACUAAUCGCUUUCGAGGGAAAUGUGAACGCAAGGAAUUCCCCACGCAGUCAAAACAGUAUAACCUUAUGCUAGGCAAGAGAAAGCGGCGAGGCUCGAUUAGAUCUUUAAAAACAAGGAGCUUUUAGAAGAUUCUGUCUUUGCAAAAAGAGGAUAAAGUUACUUCAGUUAAACAGGACUGGAUCGGCAGGGAGGAUUCAGAUGAUGACAUAUUGCUCAGGAAUUGUUUCAUUUAAAUGACAUAAAAGGGUGUGCAUCACUUACAGCACGCUAACAUUUAAACCUUUAAACCUGUAAAAUGAUGGCACGUUAAGAUGAAGGUUUAGAUGCCCCAGACCCAGUUGGAGUGAGAAGAAUCCUCCUCCAUCACGCAGUCCUCCACCACUCUGUCCGUCAUCUGGAGAGAGAAAAAAAACAAAAAACAGAAGCUUGCAGGGCCAAAAAAGGGAACUCUGUUUUUGCCUAACAGUGCCUCUCAUUUUGUGAAAGCAGCAGAUUUACCUCAGCAGUGUUCCUGUCUCAGAGAGCUUCCUGUGCCCUGGGGAGUGUGUGGAGGGGUAGGAACCCUUCGCCUGUCAACCCGUGUCCUACCCUUUCUCUCCCUACAACACCAUGACCACUGUGGUCCAGUCCAGCGAGCUUGUCUUUGAGUUUGCCAGUAAUGGGAUGGAUGAAAUCAAUCAGCUGGACGACCCUUCAGUGUUCCCAGCGGUGAUCGUGGAGCAGGUGCCCGCUGCCGACCUCAUGCAGGUGUACUCUGGACUGGAGGCAGAUGAGGUGACUAAUGGCAUCAUGGUGGAUGCCAUUCAGGAUGUGGUGGAAGAGAGCAUGAUGGGAGAUGUGGGGCUCUCUGUAGAGACCCCUGUCUCAAGUGGAGAGGACAAUAUGGAGACCAUCGAGGCGGCUGAAGCCCUACUGAACAUGGAAUCUCCCAAUAACAUCCUGGAUGAGAAACGCAUGAUUCACACAUACGGGAAUAUCCUGGAAUCAGACCUCACCUACAUUUCCCUGCGUCCAGAACAGCUCUCAAACGGCUGCAUGGAUGUUCCCCUGGAUGAUGAGACAUCCUCCAUGGAUGAGAUUCCUCAAAAGAACCUUUCCAAGCCCGUCAGGAAAAGCAAAGCGCGCAAACCAAGACCAGUGCGGCCCUGCUCUCCAAUCACCAAUCCAACUCUCCCAUUGAAGAAAAAGAGCAAAGAGGGCAAAGGUAACACUAUCUACCUGUGGGAGUUCCUCCUGGCUUUGCUGCAAGACAAAAACACCUGUCCCAAAUACAUCAAAUGGACACAGAGAGAGAAGGGCAUUUUUAAGCUGGUGGACUCCAAGGCCGUCUCCAAGCUGUGGGGCAAGCACAAAAACAAGCCUGAUAUGAACUACGAAACCAUGGGGAGAGCGCUCAGGUACUAUUACCAGAGGGGUAUAUUGGCCAAGGUUGAAGGACAGAGGCUUGUUUACCAGUUUAAGGAGAUGCCCUCAGAUCUGGUCAUUAUUGAUGAGGAUGAUAGCCAAGGGGACAACGGCGGUUCUGGCUAUGGAGGGCAACGGUCCGCUCCUCAUGGACGGGCAGUGUCCCGCGGUUCGUCACGUGCACAGGGUAAGAGCGCGCAAGUGAAGUCCGUGAAAAGAGAGAUGAGUCCCGGGCUGAACGGUAAUGGAAGACAAGCAGAACAGCUGAUGCAGACAGUCCAUGUUCUUCAGCCAAAUCAAGGAGCUGCUGUCCCAGUGUCUACACACUCCUUACGGACUAUAAAUAUGCCAGGCUCUGUUCCCAUGGUCCUCACGUCAGGAGCUCAAGGAGGUGGUUCAGUCACCCUGCAGCCCUUGCCUCUGUCCUCUGUUCUGACCAAUGGGGAUUCCUCCACACAUGCCUCGCCACCUCGGGUGAUUCUCCACACUGUGCCUUCCACCAGCCCUGGCAGUAAAGAUGUGCUCACCAUCCAGACUGCCUCUCUGACGACAGACAGCAUCCAGUCCCAGCAGCUCCUUGUGUCCACUCUGGGUUCAUCCAGUGGAGGGGUCAUCAGUACCACACCACAGCAAGCCGGAUCUCUUAAUGGCAUCACCCGCCUCGUCACUCUCAAUGCCAACGGGCAGCCCGUAGUGGCCCAGCAGCCUGGAACGGUCAUCGCCACUGUCCUGAAGCCCAGUGAACUUCAAGGCCUGCAGGUGAAGGAGGAGAUCCUAGAUCCCCAGUACCUCCAAUCUCUGGUCAACAGCAACCCAAGUGUGACCUCAUAUGGCAAAGAAGAGCUUGAGGAAGGAGUGGCAGAGCUGAGCUACAGAACUGUGAUCAUCAACAGUGCAGGUCAGGAGCUGUGCCAGACCCUCAACGGACACUCGGACAUGGGCUCGCAGCUGGCCAGCAGCCCUAGUGAGGGCCUGACCCCUGUGGAGGAGCUAGAGGUGAGGGGAGAAGUGGCUCUGCAUCCGGAGCCUGAGGCUAAAGAGCUGUUAGAGGGCUCUCAAGGUCUGCAAGAAUUGCAGGGCACAAUCCAGAUACCCGCAUCCCACUUCAUCCAAGUCAAGGCGGAACCGGCUGAGACCUAAACUUUCAGCUAAAGCAGGGGAAUGUGGACCCAAUCAACCAACACACACACACACACAAAGAAAACAAGAUUUCAGUGGAGCAUAUUAUCUGUAAUUUAUUGCUCUUGAUUGUUUAGAAUGGGUGUUGACUCGAAGACUGCUGUUUAUUCAAAGUUAGAUUGUGCCUAAAUUGGAACCUUGAGGGAUACCGACCAUGAUGUCAUGAUGAAAGCUCUUUGGUUUGCUCUCUGUUACUUCCAAACUCCCAACAGGAGAGCAGCCAUUCUCCAACCAGGGAUAUUCCCACCAUAUGUGCCAGUUGAGAUGUUUCUGUCUCUUCUCAUCUCCACAGACAAAUCCAAAGACUUUAUCCAGCAGAGGGACCAAAAGGAGUUGGUGGUUAGCCAAAAAGAAACCAACAACACACCAUUGACUUUAGGAUUUAAAAAACACACACAGUUGCUUAGGACAUAAAAGGACUUUUUUUUUUUUUUGUAGCCAUAUUCAAGGACUUCAAAAGGAUGCCUAUUGGAAUAAGACUGAAAGAGUGUCCAGGUGGUUAAUGCUUUGUUUUGUAAGUGAUGCUUUUAAGGGGAAGAUUCACUCUGUUUUAAAUACAGAAUUAUGACAUUAUCUCACCCCCUUCAUACCAUCAGAACUGAAGAGGUUAUAAUUUUUCAUCACACACAAAUUUAAAAGCACUGUGCUUUUAUGGAAAUGGGCAUUGCCUGUCCAAAGAGACAGUUCUAGUAGACGUUGUUUGUAUAUACUGUAGUAACAGACCAGAGAAUAUAGUGACAAAUUCCAAAAUCAGCUGCAAAGUAUUUCCCCAUUAUAAUCUUGUUCAUAUGAAAUGGAAUGCAGUAUACAUAUAUAAAUAUAUAAUAUACAACUAAGAUUCAAUUUAUGGCCACAAAUUUAUUUAUUUUCUGAAUUUCUAAAUUCUGUGUAAAAAAAAGUCUUUUUUAAACAAAUGCAAAAAUGAGGGAAAAUAUGCAGUAUGUAGAGCUAAUUUUACCCUUAAGAAUCCAGAAUGUGUGUUUAAUGUUGUAUUUUUUCAAUUUAAAGCAUUCCAUGUAAUCUGCACAUCUUUCAUAUUUUAUCUAUUUUUCAAUAUAAGGGGAUCUGAAUUUCGCUUUAUGAGAUUGAGCUAUCAAGCUGUUCUUAUUCACUGUGAUGUGUUUAAAGCCAUUUUUAGAGAGCGUAUGUGCUAUAAAUGUGAUGUCCUUUGGUUUCUGCCUUUACGCUGUCAUACUUUUACCCUAUAUCGACCACAUAUCGUUUGACUGAUGCCUUACAUGACAGUUUUUUUUUUAGAUCACAGAUUGUGUCUCAGAUGCUCUCUGUGACAUUUCGGUAGAUUUUUAAAAUGUAUUUAUUUGUAGUUGAUGUAGUCAUCUGUCCAUGGCCUCCGUUCCUUCCUCACCUCAUUUAUAUUCAAUUUAUCUAGAGCACAGUCUCUUAAUAGCAACCAGAGUGGAUGCAGCAGACAAACUAAAUUUGUGCUAAAUUGGAAGAAGUGACUGAAGUUGUUGAAGGUAAAUGGUGAUUGGACUCUCUGAAGACCAGAUGCUGAUCAUGGGCAGCAGGCUUUUGCCUUAAAUUUAGUUUCGACUAACACCAGAGUUUUGGUGCUGCUCUGACAAUCAUGGCUACACCUUGUAUUAUGCAAUAUUACAUCAGUUAUACAAUCAGUGACCUCCUUCAUAAUAGAAGAAAAAUGUCCUUCUAGCCACCAUGUCAUUUUCAGACCUGGUCUUGUUUGAAAUCUUUGUUGACCACAGGCUUUAUGCUCUGUAGUUUUUGGGUAAAGGUAUGCCAGUGCUCUUGCUUUAAUUUAAUCUCACCUUUUCAUGGGGCUUUCCUUUUUUUCUAUUUGUCAUAUAGUAGACUAGAUUUUUUUUUCUAAAAAAAUAAGAAAUAAAUAAAGAGAGAGAACCAAAAGAAAAUAAAUUUAAUAAAAACAAUUUUGCCUUAACGUGAA